CAGGCGGCCCGGGGUCCCCAGCGAGGCCGCCGCGGCGCGAGGCGGCGGAGGGAUCGGGCCGUUGCGGCUGUUGGCGGUGCGGCCCGGCAGAGAAGAUGACUGGUCGAGCCAGAGCCAGAGCCCGGGGCAGGGCCCGUGGUCAGGAGACAGCACAGCACGUAGGGGCAGCCACGAGUCAGCAGCCAGGGUACAUUCAGCAGAGACCUCAGCAGCCACCAGCAGAGGGGGACUUGGUUGGCCGAGGACGGCAGAGAGGAGCAGCAGGAGCCACAGCCAAGCCUGCAGAGCUCCAGAUAUCAGCUGGGUUUCAGGAGCUGUCGUUGGCAGAGAGAGGAGGGCGGCGCAGAGACUUCCACGAUCUCGGUGUGAACACCAGACAGAACCUGGACCAUGUCAAGGAGUCCAAGACAGGGUCCUCGGGCAUCAUAGUGAGACUGAGCACCAACCACUUCCGGCUGACCUCCCGUCCCCAGUGGGCCCUAUACCAGUACCACAUCGACUACAACCCGCUGAUGGAGGCCAGGAGGCUCCGCUCCGCACUCCUCUUCCAGCAUGAAGAUCUCAUUGGAAGGUGUCAUGCUUUUGAUGGAACAAUAUUAUUUUUACCUAAAAGACUACAGCACAAGGUCACGGAAGUGUUCAGCCAAACCCGGAACGGAGAGCAUGUCCGGAUCACCAUCACGCUGACCAAUGAGCUCCCGCCCACGUCACCGACCUGUCUGCAGUUUUAUAACAUCAUUUUUAGGAGGCUCUUGAAAAUCAUGAAUUUGCAACAAAUUGGACGAAACUAUUACAACCCAAGUGACCCGAUUGAUAUUCCAAAUCAUAGGUUGGUGAUCUGGCCUGGCUUCACCACUUCCAUCCUUCAGUACGAGAACAACAUCAUGCUGUGCACGGACGUCAGCCACAAAGUCCUGCGCAGCGAGACGGUGCUGGACUUCAUGUUCAACCUGUACCACCAGACGGAGGAGCACAAGUUUCAAGAACAAGUGUCUAAGGAGUUGAUAGGGCUGAUCGUCCUGACCAAGUACAAUAACAAGACGUACAGGGUGGACGAUAUCGACUGGGAUCAGAACCCAAAGAGCACCUUCAAGAAGGCAGAUGGCUCAGAGGUCAGCUUCCUGGAGUACUACCGGAAGCAGUAUAACCAGGAGAUCACAGACCUGAAGCAGCCAGUCCUGGUCAGCCAGCCCAAGAGGAGAAGGGGGCCCGGGGGCACACUGCCCGGCCCCGCCAUGCUCAUCCCGGAGCUCUGCUACCUCACAGGUCUCACGGACAAGAUGCGGAACGACUUCAACGUGAUGAAGGACCUGGCGGUGCACACGCGGCUGACCCCGGAGCAGCGGCAGCGGGAGGUGGGCCGCCUCAUCGACUACAUCCACAAAGAUGACAAUGUGCAGAGGGAGCUUCGAGACUGGGGCCUGAGCUUCGACUCCAACUUACUGUCUUUCUCGGGACGAAUUUUGCAAGCUGAGAAGAUUCACCAGGGUGGAAAAACAUUUGACUACAAUCCACAGUUUGCAGACUGGUCCAAAGAAACUAGGGGCGCCCCGCUGAUCAGCGUCAAGCCCCUGGACAACUGGCUGCUCAUCUACACACGGAGGAACUACGAAGCCGCCAACUCACUGAUACAAAAUCUGUUCAAAGUGACGCCGGCCAUGGGCAUACAGAUGAAAAAGGCAAUCAUGAUCGAAGUGGAUGAUAGAACCGAGUCCUACCUGCGGGUCUUGCAGCAAAAGGUCACGUCAGAUACCCAGAUAGUUGUCUGUCUUUUGUCAAGUAAUCGGAAGGACAAAUACGAUGCCAUUAAGAAGUACUUAUGUACCGACUGCCCCACCCCGAGCCAGUGUGUGGUGGCCCGGACUCUGGGCAAGCAGCAGACGGUCAUGGCCAUCGCCACCAAGAUUGCCCUGCAGAUGAACUGCAAGAUGGGCGGCGAGCUCUGGAGGGUGGACAUGCCACUGAAGCUGGCGAUGAUAGUUGGCAUCGAUUGUUACCAUGACACCACAGCUGGACGAAGGUCAAUUGCAGGAUUUGUGGCCAGUAUCAACGAAGGGAUGACCCGCUGGUUCUCACGCUGUGUCUUCCAAGACCGGGGACAGGAGCUGGUGGACGGGCUCAAGGUGUGCCUGCAAGCGGCUCUGCGGGCCUGGAACAGCUGCAAUGAGUACAUGCCCAGCCGCAUCAUCGUGUACCGGGACGGCGUGGGCGACGGCCAGCUGAAGACCCUGGUCAACUACGAGGUCCCGCAGUUCCUGGACUGCCUCAAGUCCGUGGGUCGAGGCUACAACCCCAGGCUGACGGUGAUCGUGGUCAAGAAGCGCGUGAAUGCCAGGUUCUUCGCCCAGUCUGGGGGAAGACUUCAGAACCCACUCCCGGGGACCGUCAUCGAUGUGGAGGUCACCCGCCCUGAGUGGUAUGACUUCUUCAUCGUGAGCCAGGCUGUGAGGAGCGGGAGCGUGUCCCCAACACACUACAACGUCAUCUACGACAGCAGUGGCCUGAAGCCUGACCACAUCCAGCGGCUUACCUACAAGCUCUGCCACAUCUACUACAACUGGCCGGGGGUCAUCCGCGUGCCUGCACCCUGCCAGUACGCACACAAGCUGGCCUUCCUGGUGGGCCAGAGCAUCCACAGGGAGCCCAACCUCUCGCUCUCCAACCGCCUCUACUACCUCUGA